AUGACAACGACCAACUUUCCCAAGGAUGGCAAGGCCCUCCUGACACUGGAGCGAUCCUCCUCGUCGCCCAUCAUCUAUACCGUCACCUUCACUGGCGGCGAGACGCCCGACAACCGGCUCACGCACAAGUUCCUCGAUGCGAUCCUUGCCGCGCUGGAGCAUGUCGAGCAAGAGUGGGACCGGACGCUGUCCGACGAGGAGAAAAAGGGCGGUGCGGCCCUCGUUACGACGGGCCAGAUCGUCGAGGGUGCCAAGUUCUACUCGAACGGGCUCGACUUUGAAAAUGCUAUUUCAGACCCCAACUUCUUCGACACGCACCUCAACAAGGUCUACGAGAAGCUCCUCUCGUUCCCUAUCCCCACGGUCGCGUCCAUUGGCGGGCAUGCGUUUGCGGCGGGCUUUGGGCUGGCGAUGGCGCACGACUACCGCGUCUUUAAUGGCGCAAAGGGCUACCUCUCGAUGAACGAAAUCGACUUUGGCGCUCAGAUCCCGCCCGGCCUGUAUGCGGCACUGUCGUCGAAGAUGACGAGCAACGUGCUUAUGCGCAAGGUCGUCCUCGAGGGGCACCGCUUCGGCGCCAAAGAGGCCCUCGCGGAGCGCAUCAUCGACAUCAUCGCGCCUGCGCAGGGCGAGCAGGGCGGGGCGAAAAAGACGCUCGAGGUGGCCACCGAGCUCGCGAAGCGCGUCGCUCCUAAGGCGAGGGCGGAUUGCUACGGCAGCAACAAGCUGGUCAUGUAUUUCCCCUACCUUGAGAUUCUCCGGAUGAAGAACGAGGUAGCCACUGGAAGGCUCUGA